AGCCCCGGGCUGGGGUUGUCACUCGCGGCAGCGCGCGCGGGUCUGAGGAGUGCGAUGGAAGCUGGGUGGGCUGAGGUUCGCGCCUUGGAGGCGGAGAUCGCAGAGCUGCAGCGGACCUGCGCGAAGCUGCCGGCACCCUUGGAAAACACGUCCCGAAUCCGUGUUGCGAUAAACAUGGCCAUAGAGUGUCUUUCUGGUAUAUUGAUUUACUCUUCUUCAGAUAUUUGCCCAAUAAUGACUAAAGAGAAUUCAUCUUCUAUGAUUACUGACCUCAACAUAAUAAUGGAGCCCACAGACUAUUCAGAAUUAAGUGAAUUUGUAUCUAGAGUAGAAGAAAGAAGAGAUUUGCUUAUGUUUUUCCGAAGUCUGCAUUUUUUUGUGGAGUGGUAUGAACAUCGUAAGAACACAUUUAAGCAUUUCAAGGACAAGUACCCAAGCACCGUGCACCUCUCAGAGGGGCCCAGCUCACACUGCAUGGAGAUCCGCAGUGCCAGCCAACCUGGGUUUGAAUUGAUGGUGGUUUGGAGGAUACAAAUAAAUGAAGAAGGAAAGGUUUUGCCAAAGCUGGAUCUCCUUACCAAAGUCCCUCACCAAGCCCUCCAACUGGAUAAGAGGAGAGUCAUAGAAACUGCUCCACUCAACUUCCGUACCCUACUAGGAACACUGGGAAUUGAAGCUGCUCUAGAGAGCCUGAUAAAUUGCUUUGUAUGAGAAACGACUAGUUCCCAGAGGGCUAACAUGCUGUGCUGAGUAAGAUGCAAGCGACUUAGACUGAACAUGAAUACUCAGAAUCUACACCCUGAGAUAUGCUGCAUGUAUACAGCCAUGGUACACUAGAUGCAAACUCUGACA